UGUGUUGCGGUUCUUUCUCUAUGUGGGUGCCGCCGUGAUGUUUGAUCGACUCAUCGUGUACUAAUUUCCACAGUGAUGUUUUCUGCAUCUGUGUGAGAGGCGAAGUUUUUGAUUUUUUAGGGAAAGAUAAGGGAAGAGAGGCAAAGCUCAUGCCUUUUGACCUUUCCACGCUCGCUGGCAGUCGUUCAACUCGUCUUCUCAAUUUGCUUUCAACUCAAAAAAGUUUGGCUUGCUAUUAUCUCUUUCUCGUGUGUUGAACACUGAGAUGCGAGGAAGGUAAGAUGAAAAGCUAAAUAUAAAGCUUUAUUAAAAGUGGCCGAAAGAAAGGGAAAACAACGUUAACCUUCCCAUUUUCACGGAUUUCAGCUCAAGUCGCCUCCUUUCUAUCUAUUCCCGUUCUUCACAGCUGUAGAUCCCCAUCCGCCUGCUUUAUUUUGACAAGUAGGGGAAGAAAGGAGGGAGUUUGUUGAACGGAGGCAAUGGAGUCGGGUUCUGCUUCCGGUGAGGGGCAGAUAAAGGGAGUUCUUACUCAUGGCGGUCGGUAUGUGCAGUACAAUAUUUACGGCAACCUAUUCGAGGUCUCUACCAAAUACGUUCCACCCUUACGGCCGGUGGGCAGAGGUGCUUAUGGCAUUGUCUGUGCUGCAGUGAAUUCAAAGACACGUGAAGAGGUUGCUAUCAAGAAGAUUGGCAAUGCAUUUGACAAUAGAGUUGAUGCUAAGAGAACCUUAAGAGAAAUAAUGCUUCUUCGUCAUUUGAAUCAUGAAAAUAUAAUUGCCAUCAAGGACAUCAUCCGCCCUCCAAAUAAGGAAACUUUCAAUGAUGUCUAUAUUGUUUAUGAACUCAUGGAUACAGAUCUUCAUCAAAUAAUUCGCUCCAACCAGUCAUUGAAUGAUGAUCAUUGUCAGUAUUUCCUCUAUCAGAUACUACGAGGACUAAAAUAUGUACACUCAGCACAUGUGUUACAUCGUGAUCUUAAGCCUAAUAACCUGUUCCUGAAUGCAAAUUGUGAUCUUAAAAUUGGAGAUUUUGGUUUGGCAAGAACAACAUCAGAAGCAGACUUCAUGACAGAAUAUGUUGUUACUCGUUGGUAUAGAGCACCAGAAUUGCUCCUUAACUGUUCUGAGUAUACUGCGGCCAUCGAUAUUUGGUCCGUUGGGUGCAUUCUUGGGGAAAUCGUGACCAGAGAGCCUUUAUUUCCAGGAAAGGACUAUGUACAUCAACUUAGGUUGAUCACUGAGCUGAUAGGUUCCCCAGAUGACUCUAGCCUUGGGUUUCUUCGAAGUGAUAACGCCAGGAGAUACGUAAGACAGCUUCCACAUUAUCCAAAGCAGCAAUUUUCCCUCAGGUUUCCUAGCAUGUCUCCUGGAGCCAGGGAUUUACUUGAGAGAAUGCUAGUAUUCGACCCAAGCAAGAGAAUUACAGUUGAUGAAGCUCUUUCUCACCCAUAUUUAGCUUCUCUUCAUGACAUAAACGAUGAACCUGUUAGCCAUACACCCUUCAGUUUCGAAUUCGAACAACCGGCAGUAACUGAAGAAGAUAUCAAACUACUCAUCUACAGAGAGUCUUUGAACUACAAUCCUGAUCCAGUUCACUAGAUUGAACUCUCUUCAUCUGUAAAUCUUAUGAAAGAUUUCUUGUUGUUGUUUUGUUGGCUAUGUUUGUGUAACUGGAAAAUAGUGGCAAGAUUUAUUCAUAAUGUAUUGAGCUCUCAUUACUUUAAUUUGAAACUAGCUGCUUGUUUU